AUGAACAAUGUGACGGCAUCCCUUAGUAAAGAUGGCACUUGGCAUUGUGAUACGUUUGAUUUUAAUAUGAAACAAAUGAGUCAUGGCUCAGCUUUGGAUGAAGCAAAUGCUACACACGAUUGCGACUCAGAGUUGUUUCCACUUAGCAAUAAUAAUCAGUGGUUAUUUCUGAAUCGACAUAAGGAUUCAAUGUGGUUGGUCAUCGAUGAUUCAGAUGAAAAGUGUGAUGAACAACAGUGCUUGGCAGGAUGUAUAAUGGAAGAUAAAUAUCCCGUUCUGAGUAAUCAUAGUCCAGCUCGAUCAGAAAUAUCGAAAGGAAGUUUUCUUAUAUGA